AUGCUCAUCCCAAUGCCGCCCGUCGCCCUGGGCGGCUACAGCAGCUAUGCGAAGUCCAGGCAGACGACCAUCCUUUGCUUGUUGAUCUUGCAGACCGUCGUCAUCCUUUCCCGCUGGGUGUUCCUGCUGGAUAUCCUGGGUGGAUUUAUUAUGGCCAUCGCGACAGGUUUCGGGUGGUAUGCCUACAAGGAGGAGAUGCACGGCACCUUCCUCUGUUACUGGGGUAUGAUGUGCUUCAUCAACGGCGUCUUCGAUUUCGUGAAGUUCAUUGAUUUCUGGGUCCACUCUCCGUUCCCCCUUUUCUCUGACAAUCUGCCCUUCAGCUCGAAUCUACGAUCGCUGAUCCUCAUCCUGGUCCCCGCCGUCACGCUGCCUGCGGCCGUGAUUGCGUGGUACGUCUACAAGGAUGCGGAGAAUGGAGGAGGUGGCUACGAGGACCGCUCCGAGCGCGCACCCCUGCGGGGUUCCGGCGGCAGCAGCGGUCCGGGCUUGCAGGGGCCCUAG